AUGGGCACAUUUGUAGGUCACAUUGUCCCUGGUUUGGCCUUGACCCUCCUUGGGUUAUGGCACACCAUUAACAUUAUCAGAGCCUUCUGCAACAAAGGCUCUACUAACUUUACUGUGAAGUUCUGGUACCCAUUUUAUGGCCCUCUUUCCAUACUGAAACACUUGGAGCUCAUCUUCAUUCUAUCUUUCUCCGUCUUUGCAAUUUUCAUGCAGCUUUUGGACUUCCCUUUCCUUCGCUUUUCUUUCAAGCUUGACAGCUUUGAGCAUGCAAGCAUGUUUCUCCACCUUGUCAUAUUUGCAGGUUUUGCUCUUUUUGCAGAGAUAUCUCAUUUUUCUGAUAUCCUUUCUGGGGUUAGUGGUAUACUUGCAACCUCUGUUUUUGGCCAAGAGCUUUUCCUUCUGCAUUUCCACUCUGCUGACCACGUUGGACUUGAAGGCCAUUGUCAUUGGCUCUUGCAGCUCAUUGUGCUUGUCUCUCUUUUGGCAGCUUUAGCCGCAACUAGUUUUCCAAACAGUUUUCCUGCGGCUCUUGUCCUUUCAAGUUCAGUUGUAUUUCAAGGAUGUUGGUUUAUGAACAUGGGGUUUAUGCUAUGGUUUCCUGAUUUUGUCCCUGAGGGCUGCGUUAUGCAGUUGGCCGAGGCCAGCAUUGGUGAUAUGCAUGGAGCAGUCAGUUGUGAAUCCCUUGCUGCAGAAUUAAGGGCUAUGGCGCUGGCCAAUCUGCAAUUCAGUUGGAUACUUGCUGGAAUUUUGUUUUUCACAGGAUGUAUGUGCCUGAAAUUAGCUGGAAAAUGCACCUCAAGGAGCCAGUGGACAGAGUAUGAGCAACUUCAGAGUAGAGGUGUCUCCAUAGCCAUUGAUGGCUUCAAGCAAGCUAAUCCUUGA